CUCCACCCUGCCCCAAGGCCUCAGUCUGCCCCCAGGGGAGGCCAUGAACGCCACGGGGUCACCGUCCCCAGUGGCCCUGGAGUCCUGCUACUGGCUGGCGGCCGGGGGACACAGCCGGCUGAUCAUCUUGCACUACAACCACUCUGGCCGGCUGGCUGGACGCGUCAAUGGUGGGGAACCGGAGGACAGCAGCCUGGGGGCCCUGAGGGGCUUGUCGGUGGCGGCGGGCUGCCUGGUGGUGCUGGAGAAUGCGCUGGUCCUGGCGGCCAUCGGCACCCACAUGCGCUCCCGGCGCUGGGUGUAUUACUGUCUGGUCAACAUCACCCUCAGCGACCUGCUGACCGGCCUGGCCUACCUGGCCAACGUGCUGCUGUCCGGGCCUCGCACCUUCCAGCUGGCCCCCGCCCAGUGGUUCCUGCGUGAGGGCCUGCUGUUCAUGGCCCUGGCCGCGUCCACCUUCAGCCUGCUCUUCACAGCCGGCGAGCGCUUCGCCACCAUGGUGCGGGUGGCCGAGAGCGUGGCCACCAAAACCAGCCGGGUCUACGGCUUCAUCGGGCUGUGCUGGCUGCUGGCCGGGCUGCUGGGGCUGCUGCCGCUGCUGGGCUGGAACUGUGUGUGCGCCUUCCAGCGCUGUUCCACCCUCCUGCCCCUCUACUCCAAGGACUACAUCCUCUUCUGCGUGCUGCUCUUCGCCCUCAUCCUGGUGGCCAUCCUAGGCCUCUACGGGGCCAUCUUCCGGGUGGUCCGGGCCAACGGGCAGAAGGCCCCGCGCCCUCCGGCCCGGCGCAAGGCCCGGCGGCUCCUGAAGACGGUCCUCAUGAUCCUGGUGGCCUUCGUCGUGUGCUGGGGACCCCUCUUCGGCCUGCUGUUGGCUGACAUCUUCGGCUCCAACGUCUGGGCGCAGGAGUACCUGCGGGGCAUGGACUGGAUCCUGGCCCUGGCUGUCCUCAACUCGGCCAUCAACCCGCUCAUCUACUCGUUCCGCAGCCGGGAGGUGUGCCGCGCCGUGCUGGCCUUCCUGUGCUGCGGGUGCCUCCGCCUGGGCCUGCGGGGUCCCGGGGACUGCCUGGCCCGGGCCUCCGAGGCGCACUCCGGAGCGUCCACCACCGACAGCUCGCUGCGGCACCGAGACAGCUUCCGGGGCUCGCGAUCGCACAGCUUCAGGAUGCGGGAGCCCCUGUCCAGCGUCUCCAGCGUGCGGAGCGUCUGAGGACGCGCGGGGCCGGCCUGGGGCGCGGCGGACAGGCGUGGGAGCCCCGGAGGGGGGG